GGCGUUGCCGUUGCGGCCAUGGCGUACUUCCCGGGCUCGCUGGUGACCAUCAGCGGCCUGCCGGCGCCGGCGCAGCCGGUGGCCUCGGCACAGCGCGAGGGGGUCCAAGCGCUGGAGCUGAACGGCGACAGGGCGCAGCUGCUGCACUUUGACAAGGACCUGAACAAAUGGAUCGCCGCCACCUUUUCGGGCCGCACUAUCGCCAUCAACGACCAGCAUGUCACCCCAAUGACCGCACAGGAUGUGAGCCAGUACGAUUUUGUUUUGGGCCCCAAGUCGGAUUAUGAGCUCUCUGGGGCAGAGAUUACCAGCUCCCUGGCGCUGAAGGGCUACGCGCUGAUCAAACUCAUCGUGGCGGAAGAAGACGCGGCGCAGAUGUUGGACGUGGCCAAACGGCUGGAUGAGGAGCAGCAAUUCAGCCGAUUGGCCGUGGAGUUCGAGCGAGGCUAUCUGGGAGACGAUGGCAAUGCCAAGACGCUCCAUAUCGGUCUAGAUGCGCCGGACACCUACGACUACAUCAAGCAGUCGCCGUUGAAGACUAUGGACAACAACUUUGGGCAGAUGUGUAGCAUGUUGUCCAAACACUCCGAAGAACACCUGGGCUUCGAGGUCUACAGCCGCACAGAGAUGCUGCUUCGCAUGCCACUGGCAGACCAUGAGGAGGACAAGUACACGCCUGCAGACAUCGACGAUGGCGAUGCCGAGGGCUUUCUGCAUCUGAUGUAUCGCCGUCGCUUGACGGUGCUGCAGUUCGUCGGCCCGGCAGCUGGCGUCUUGAAGCUGCUUCCCAUGAAGGAAGGCGAUGAAGAGAUAGAGCUGGUGGCGGAGCCUCAUACCAUGCUGGUGCUGCUGAACAGCCGCUGGGAGUAUUCCUACACGCCCAGCGGAGAAUCCUUGGCCUUGCAGAGUUUCAUGCUGUCGGAGCCAGCCAUCUAUUGCUUGGAGGACGAGAUCCAGGGCAACAUGGAAACCCUCACGGGUCAAUCCACUGGGCCACCGCCACCUCCCGGGGAGCAGGUGACCAUUGAGUCCAUGUACUGCCGCUAUGGCAUGCAGGCGGAUGGUCGAUCACAGUUCUGGCAGGCUGCGGCCAAAGCCUCCAUCGACGGCCUUACGGAGAUUCCCGUGAGUCGUUGGGACCACGGUCCUUACUUCGACCCCGAGAGCUCCUUCGGUGGAAGCUACACGCGCCACGGAUGCUUUGGCAUCGAAGGAGUGGAUCUCUUUGAUUGCAAGUUCUUCGAGAUUUCUCCCAUGGAAGCCAAGGGAAUGGAUCCCUGUCAGCGCCAGGUCAUGGAGGUGUCCUACAUGGCUCUCCUGGAAGGUGGUUAUGACAAGAGGAGCUUGCAACGAGAAGCACAGCAUAUCGGCCACUUUGUUGGGAUCGAUAAGGACGAUUGGAUGUGCAUGAGUGCUGCGGGCAUGUUGGACCUUUCUGGAGCUCAUGGCGCGGCGGCAGCGGCCAAUGCCAUCACGUCCAACCGCUUCUCGUAUUCCAUGAACUUGAAGGGAGCAAGCAUGACCAUCGAUACUGCUUGCUCAUCUUCCCUGGUGUGCACCCACGUGUCCAAGCUGCACCUGCGCUUCAAGGACUAUGAACCUAUGCCUGCCAGCAUUGUGAAUGGCCUCAACCUGAUGCUGUACCCUGGUCCCUUCGUUGGUUGCUGCGCUGCCGGAAUGUUAAGCCACGACGGGAGGUGCUUUACCUUCAACAGCACGGCAGAUGGCUAUGCCCGCGGUGAAUUGUGUGGAGCCCUCUGCUUCAAGCUGAAGCAGUUCGAUCCCGCCAGCGGUUCCAUCUGCUGUUUGGCUGGCAGCCAGUCCAAUCAGGAUGGCCGCAGUGCCAGCUUGACGGCGCCCAACGGACCGGCACAGGAGAAGUGCAUCAAGGCCGUCUUGCGCGAGUGCAAACUGACGCCGACCGAAGUGGAUUGCAUCGAGUGCCACGGCACGGGCACGGCUUUGGGAGAUCCAAUCGAAGUUGGCUCCUUCAAAAAGGUGAUGAGUGCGACCCCGCGGAAGGAACCACUGGUGAUCACGUCAUCGAAGUCCAACAUUGCGCAUGCUGAGGGAGGUGCUGGCCUGGCCGGUUUCUUCAAGUGCUGUUUACAGGUCUCUAACUGUGAGGGAGCAGCCAAUGUCCACUUGAAGGUGCGUAAUCCUCACUUGGAUAUGGAGGGCUUUCCAUGUCAGAUCUUGUCUGAGUCAGUGGCCAUGCGUGAGGAUGCAGCCUAUGCGGGCGUUUCCUCCUUUGGCUUCGGCGGCACCAAUGCGCACGCUGAGGCCUGGGGAAAGAACAUCAUGAAUUCUCGUGGCUGCAUGGUGACGGACCCCAUCAAGCUCUUCGAGCGAAAGCUGGCGAAGGCGCCGCCGGCCGAAAUCACCAUGAACGGCGAUGACGUGAGGGAUUGGGAGACCACAGGGCUUGAUCCUGCUGGUCAGAUUGGUGACAGAUACAUGAUCGAGCUGGAUGAGGACGGAGUGGCCACUUGGGAGAAAGUGGACGAGGAGUUGGUGGACUGGGGUGAUGACUUCUUCAUCCAAGGGACGUUCAACAAAUGGGAGCCGGAUGCGAUGGAAAGGUCGGAAAGUAUCUUGGGCCUCUGGGUGGGCGAACUCGUCCUUGGCAGCAGUGGGGUGGAACACUUUCAGAUCAUGGCAGAUAACGAUGACGAAAAGAUCUACUGCCCAGAUCGACCCAACUGCGCAUCAAAGGUGGCACAAGUGCAAGGCCCUAAAGCUGCCUCCAAGGAGAAGAGUUGGGUCAUCCGGGGAGCUCCUGGUGAUAAGUUCAAGAUCGAAUUCUUCCAACAGGAGAAGAGACGCUCAGUGCUGUGGAUGAAAGUCUAGUCAAGGAUCCAGUGACGGCAGCGUUGAGCGUAGCAAAACAUAGCUUUGAAGUAGAUGGAAACAGAUCCCACCAACAAAAACGCCAUUCUUUUCCAUGGGAUUUCACAGGAUUUCACAUCCUAAACAUGUCUGGUUGGUGGUUUGGAAGAUGUUUUUUUUUUUCCAUUUCAUAUAUGGGAUAAUCUAAUCCUUCCCAUUGACUUUCAUAUUUUUCAGAUUUCACGAUUCUUUGCGCCAUGGAGAGUUUCAGACAGGAAAUUGACACAGCAGAAUAGAAACAGCCACAUCCCAGCACCAUCGCGAUGCGCACGGACACAGAGCUUCCCUUCUCGGAAAAAA